CAGGAGCCGGUGCCCACAUAGGCAAGCUCCAGGCAUAAAGACGACACCUGCCUCACCUCUAGCACCUUUGGGCCAGUCAGCCGCACCAUGUCUGUGAGUACCAUGAAGACAGCACCAUCCCUCAUCCAAGAGAUCCUCAGCUACCUGGGCCUUGCCAACAAGACUGCAGCUUGGGGGACCCUGGGAACCCUAAGGACAUUCUUGAGCUUCACUGUGGACAAGGAUGUACAGAGGCUGCUGAGGGCCAUUACAGGCCAAGGCGUGGACAGUAACGCCAUUGUGGCCGUGCUGACCAAUCGGAGCAGAGAGCAAAGGCAGCUUAUCUCUAGAGCCUUUCAGGAGCGCACCCAACAGGACCUGCUGAAGUCCCUCCGAGCAGCGCUGUCUGGCAACCUGGAGAAGAUCGUGGUGGGUCUGCUGCAGCCCAUGGCCCAAUUCGAUGCCCAGGAAUUGAGGACAGCCUUGAAGGCCUCAGAUUCUGCUAAAGAUGUGGCCAUAGAAAUUCUUGCCACCCGAGCCCCACCUCGGCUACAGGAGUGCCUGACAGUAUAUAAACACGAUUUCCAGGUGGAGGCUGAGGAGGACAUCAAGUCUGAAACCAGUGGCAUCUUGCAGGACCUGCUCCUGGCCCUUGCCAAGGGGGCCCGUGAGAGCUACUCCGGAAUCAUAGACUAUAACCUGGCAGAACAGGAUGUCCAGGCACUACAUCAGGCAGAAGGACCCAACACAGAGGGGACAUGGGUCCUCCUCUUCACCCAGAGAAAUCCUGUACACCUCAUCCGAGUGUUUGACCAGUACCAGCGGUAUACUGGGUAUGAAUUGGAAGAGGCCAUCCAGAAUCGUUUCCAUGGAGACACCCAGGUGGCCCUACUCAGCCUAGCCUCGGUAGUCAGGAAUACACCGUCAUACUUUGCUGACAAACUUCACCAAGCCCUCCAGGAAACUGAACCCAAAUACCAAGUCCUGAUGCGCAUCCUCAUCUCUCGCUGUGAGACUGACCUUCUCAGUAUCAGAACAGAGUUCAAGAAGAAAUUUGGGAAGUCCCUCUACUCUUCUCUCCAGGACACAGUGAAAGGGGACUGCCAGUCAGCUUUCCUGGCCUUGUGCAGGGCUGAAGACAUUUGAGACUUCCCUGCCUCCACUCCACAUGACACUCAAGGAUCAGAGUCCUGUGUUGGGCUGAGCCUGUAGGAAACCAGCAGAGCCUCCACAUGGGACAGCCCCUCACCGAACACCGUGUUUCAGCUUCUUAUUGAGGCUGGAACUCUGUUUUGUUACGUCCUUUAAUUUCCUACAACUCAAAAUGAUAUCUGUACCUGGGUCUCUAGCUCUGUCUUUGGGGUGGGGUGAUGAGAUCUCUUUGAUAGUUUCUGCGUGGCUCACUUUUCCUGUACCCUGGCCAGAACAUCUCAAUGGUAGCAGAACUCUUCUGGCACACUUUACUAUUGUUUGUGUGCCCUGAUUGAAUUUUGGGUGGAGCAGGACACAGGACGGAAAGGGGCCUUGGAGUUGCAGGCGCCUUUGAUGUACACUUGGCUGUUCAACAGGAUACAG